CAUGUCAGAUGAGGCUUGGCAGGCCCAUCAUUUGCAGGCCCAUCAUUUUCUUCCUCCUUCUCUCUCCCUGUAAAGUAAAUGAGCCUCUGCUGUCUAUGUCAUAGAAUAGCUUCCAACCUCACAAUAGCACAGCUUGCUGUAUACACAGAGUUUCUCUCCAGGGCCUUAUUUUCUCUGUACUUAAGAGGGAAUAUUGUGUGGGUUGGUUAAAAGUCUUCAGCACCCUUGACUAAUAAUGAGCCAGGCCCUUUCAACACUGAUGACCACUGGGACUCCUGGUCUGACGUAUUCUAGCUGAAAAGCUGAAGAAGCGGGCUUGAACGUAACAGCGAUCGGCAAGGGUGAUUUGGUUGGUUAUUCUAAGAAAGGUCCCCAGCAUGGAAACUGCUUACCUGAAGAAAUGCUUUGGAAACACCCUGACCCAGGCACUGGCAGAGGUGGCAAGGGUGCAGCCAAAUGACCCAAUAGAGUACCUGGCUCACUGGCUUUACCAUCACAGGAAUAUAACCAAAGCUGAAGAGAAGAAAAAGCAAGAGGAGCUACAACUUCAAGAAGUGCAUGACAGCAACUCCAAGGAAGCAAAAGCUACAGCAACACUGAAAGAAGGAAGCUAUCAGAUUAAGCAGAAGUGUGAAAAGCGUCACCAGGAACUGCCCUCGACCUCUGUUUCCUCAGACCAGACCCCAGCCCUGCAGGAAGACCUGGCACUCCGUGAGGAGAAGAGUACGAGGCAGGAAGCUCCACCAGGUGUCUCGAAUGUGAUUACUAAGACGCCUCAGAGUGCUAUUCCCUCAUAAAAAAAAAAAAUAGCCUGCAUGAGAAGCACUCAUCUCAUCUAAGGUUUAAGAGACUGAGAAGGAGGGGUCUACAGAUUCUCGGGUCUGCUAGCCAUAACUACCUUUAAUCAUGUGAAGUUUUGAAUUAGCUACUAGAGAAAAGUGAACAAGAAUUAAAAACAAGUCAUCAAA